AGGUCUUUCAAUUUUCACUUCCCUUAUUUGCCUUUCAAGUAGAAGGUUUCAAAAAGUUCCCACUUCACAGCCAUCAAGCACGUUGCCAGAACUCAGCUCCUGAGACAACUAAGACCAUGGAGGACGACCAUCAUAUUCUUCUCCCACAGCCUGGUUCUGCAGGACAACAAGCACGAGCUUCAUGCAGCCGGGGAACUGCCUACACUGUCUUUUCUCUCCUGGGGGUCUUGCUCCUUGCUGGCCAGGCUGUGACUGUCUACUUUGUGUAUCAACAUGACAACCAGAUCUCCAAACUGACCAAGAGCACUCAGCAACUGAAGUUGGACUCGCUGACCAGCAGCAUCUCUAAAAAUGUGAAGUCAAGCCCAAAGAUGGCAAUAGCCAACGUGAUGCCUUUGGCCCUGAAUGAACCAGAGUUUUUGAAGAUGGAAAGCCAACUGACUAAUAGCACCGAGGAUCAAGUCAAACGCAUGCUCUUGCGAGAAAACCCAACCAGAACAUUUCCUGAAUUAAAAAGCAACUUCCUGGAAAAUAUGGGACAACUGAAGAUCCGCAUGACUUAUAAUGACUGGAAGGAUUUUGAAACUUGGAUGCACAAGUGGCUGAUCUUCCAAAUGGCCCAAAAACAGAACUCAGAAGAAAAGGUGAAAACCAAAUGCCAGCAAGAAGAGUGUGGUAAGGGUGUCCAUCCGGGAAGAUUCUGUGCCAAGUGUGAUGAAAAGGGGGACUAUCUGCCUAGGCAGUGCCGGGCCAGCAGUGGCUAUUGCUGGUGUGUCUACCAAAAUGGCACAAUGAUCGAGGGCUCUAAAAUCCGUGGACGUCCAGAAUGUGCUGGCAUUUUAGAUCCUGAGAAUGUGACAUAUUCCGGAGAUCAAAACUGAUGGACCACUUCAGAAAAUGUGAAAGGCGGCGGCCAGCAUCAGCUUAAGAAAGCCAAACUCUCUUCUUCAGCUUGUUCUAGUUUUGCUCUGCUUGGGUGUUGAUUUCUUGAAUUUCAGUAGCAGCAACCGCUUCUAAAGUCAUCAGCUUAAGCAUUAUUCUUAAGGGAAAGGAGGAAAGGGGGAAAAGUGGCUUAAUUAAAUAUUACUGCUGACAAUGCUUAGUGCAGAAUUAUCUUUUUAGAAAAGUGACCUGUGCUUAUCCAGGACUUCAACAAGUGAGCAAGAAAGUUAGAUGUUUCCCUGUAUCAUCUGUUCACGAGACUCCCCCAGAAGCUUCGGUGGUUAAUCAGUUGAGAAGGUCAUCCACUGCAAAUAUUUCAACAGCAACGGGCCUGAAAUAACGCAACAUCUUCUGUUUCAUAGGUUCUGCUUGCCAUCAAACGAGAAUUUUAAAAAUGGCAAAGAUGCCAUUUUUCCAAAAUGCUUUCCUACAUUUACCAUAUUUGUAGGAAUGAAUAGAUAAUGCCCUCUAAAGCAACUUUCCUGAACCGGUGCCCUCCAGAUGCAGAAAUUACACACCAGAACUCUAGGCCAGCAUGAUCCUGGAUGAUACUGUCUAGGGAUUCUGGGAGUUGUAAUUAACACAUCUGGCAGACACCACGAUGGGGAACACCGCUUUACAGGGAAGGAGACAUCAUUACUUCCAGAAAGCUCAGCCUCUCUAACCAGGUAGAAUUGGUAGCAUAUUUUUGCAAGAGCAGCUUAGUAUUAGAGCUCUGUCUGUGUGUGUGCUUUCUUUAGUAGCAUCCUUAACAGAAGAAUCUUUAGAAUUGUUAGUGAGCAAGUUAGGUAAGCAAAGGAAGUCUUUAAAAAUACUUCUAAUGAUGAUAGGCUUGAAGUUUAUAUACCAAAUCCUAGUCUGUGGUGUGCUAAUGAUGUAUACUGAAUAUAUAAUCCCUGAUAACUCACUAAGAUGAUGAUUUUAAUUAUAUGCUUUUGCAAAAUAAAAAAAUAACCAACUAAUGAAGCA